ACUGAACCCUUUCUUUUUUUUUUCUUUUUUUCUCUAUAUAUUAUUCUUAACCAAACCCUCACACUGAUGCAAAAACAAAACAAUACUCUCUCUCUCUCUCUCUCUCUCUCUCUAUUUUCUCAUAUACUUUCCAAUAAUGGAGAACAUGUUAAGAAGAUCUAAAGACGCCAUUUUGGGCCACGGCAGACGGCGCAAUAAGACCAUUAAGCCCGCCACCGUUGGCCGCUGCAAGAAGCACCCCAAGCACCACCAGUCACCGGGCGUUUGCUCGCUUUGUUUAAGUAACAAACUGUCGCAGCUAAAACAUAUGAACCCGAAGAGCUUCUCUCGUAGAACAUCCACCACCACGGGCUCUGGUAGUUCUUCUACGACAUCUUCUUUGUCGUCGUAUUACUCGUCCGAGGACGAUGAUGAUGUGGAAGAAGAAGAGGAGUACGAGUACUGUCGUAAUCGUUACGAGGGAAAGAGAACGGCGUCGUUUUUGCUGAGCGGGAACAAUAUGAAUAAUGUGCUUAAGAAGAGUAGAUCGUUGGCUUUUGUUUCGAGAAAUAAAGACGCACGUAGUAGUAGUACUACUACUUCUCAUGAUCAUGAUGAGAAAAGAUCGGGUGGUGGGUUUUGGUCAAAGUUGAUUAAUCCAAAGGCUAAUAAUAAUAAUAAGCGAUCGGGUAUUAGUCGUCAUCGUGAUGAACAAGGGCCUAAAUUCAUGCAUUCAAGAACAGUUGGAGAGAGAUCAGUGUUACAUCAUCAAUUGGUGUAUUGAGAAAGUGAGAUUAUUAUGACUUAAAAAUAAUGUUUGUGUUUUGUUGUUAAUAUGUUUUUGAUUUGUUUUUAAGUUCAUUUUCUCUCUGAUCUCGCUUGGUUAGAUAUAGUAGGAAAGAAAAAGAAAAGAAAGAAAGAAAGAAGAAUUUUUGUGUAUAUAUACUUUUAAUUGUAUGUGUAUGUAUGAAUAUGAUACAUAUGUAUUGAAUCUUGUGGCCAGAUUGUAAGUUAUAAUCAUACACAGAUUAAGAGAUAAUUAAGAAGCUAAUUAUCGAUGAUUUAAUUCAAA